UUCAGCCUGCAUCUAUAUUAUGAGUACUUUUUUUUGCCUAGUUGUUUUAACAUUAAAUCGGUCUAAGUAUUAUAUUUUGUUUGAAUAGUGACUAAUAGAUAAUUUGGUGUUUUUAGAAAUCUAAUUUUUGUCAUUGUCUUAAAAUGAACAUAAUAUUUCAAGUUAAAUGUGAAUCUGUUUGCGGUGUCUUGUUAUAUGAAAGAGCAAUAAAAUUCUUUUAAAUAUUACUUAUUUGUUGAAUUUUUAAUUAUUUGAAGAAAAAUACUUUUUAAAAUGUGGGUGAAGCCAAAGGAGAUUUUAAUACCUCAUACUUUUUGGUAAUGCAAAGUGAAAAAAAUAGCUUAUAUUUUGUAUUGCAACACCGUAUAGGACAUGGACAAGGCAAAAAACUCUCUUCAUUAUUGAUGGGAACUUUUGAUAGUAUAUUUGACACUAAACCAUGUCCUUAUAGGAUUCUACAUCAGACGCCAAAAUCAGAAGUUUAUUAUGAAAUAGCAUGUGCAUUAACUGAAAAAGAAAUACUUGAAGAUUGGGAAUGGUUACAUAGCAAUUUAAAUUUAAAAGUUUUUGAUAAUGAAGAAGAAAUAUCUAGUUUUGUCUGUACUAAAAUUGACAGUCUUAUUGCUACUAAAAAAUCAGGAACUAUUGAUGAUGAAGAUUCUCAGUCAUUUAAAGAUGCAUCAAUAAAAUUUCAUCGUUUGUUUAAUGUCUGCCGUGAUAGUACAUUAGUUUGUUAUUAUUCAUGCAGUUUUUGGAGGGGCAAGAUUCCACAUCAAGGUUGGCUUUAUUUAUCUGUAGAGUAUCUAUGCUUUCAUUCUUAUAUAUUAGGAAAUGAACAAAAAGUAGCAAUAAGAUGGGCUGACAUAGUGAAUUUAGAAAUGAGCAAUAAUGUUUUGUUAUCAGAUUCAAUUACCGUAACAACAAGAGAUAAUAGAACAUAUUGUUUUUCAAUGUUCCUGCAUAAAUCAGAAGCAUAUGCAUUAAUGCAACAACUUGUUAAUUUAGCAAUGAAAGGAAUAAUUAAUGAUGUCUGGUUUGAUAAAGAUCACAAUCUUCUUCAAAAACUUUGUAAACAUGUUCCAAAAAAACAAUCAUUUGUUAAACGUGAUUUGGAUGCAAGGGCGAUGUCUGAAUUAUAUAGACUUUUAUUUCGUUUACCUCAGAAUGAAAAAUUAGAUGGAGUCAGUAAUACAAUGCUGUUCACUCCAUUUAAUAAAAAGCAUAUAUGGGGUCAAUUAUACUUAUCUCAAAAUUUUAUGUGCUUUAACAGUAAAUCAAAAGAUCCUCUAAAUGUUGUUAUACCUUUACGGGAUGUUUCACAAGUUGAAAAGUUAGAUAAUACAAAUGAUCCAUCAUUUGAUAAUGCAGUCAUUGUUACAUUGAAGACAUCAAAAGAUAAUGAUAAGCCACCUGUAUUUAUAUUUUCACAUAUAAUGGAAAGGUCUUUCAUUUUAAAAAAAAUGUCUGAAUUACUUGGCAAUUUAAAAACGCAUAAAUGUUACAAAAGUCAAGAUAAUGUUCCAAAAUCUGAUUGGAGCAUGAUGAAACCUUUAAUGCUUACAUUCCCAAUAAAAGAACAUAGUGAUGAAGUUAUUAAAAUCUAUCAGAGGGCAAAAGAAGUUGCAUGGAAUGAGUACUUUAAAGACCAUGGUACAGGGAUCUCUAUGUAUAAAACUAAAGAACUAGUUAAAUUAGUAUUGGCUGGUAUACCAGAUUCAAUGCGAUCAAAUUUAUGGCUAACAUUUUCUGGAGCUUAUCAUGAUAUGAUAGCUAACCCUGGACUGUAUGAAGAAUUAGUUAAUAUUGCUUCCAAAACUAAAUCAAUAUCUCAUGAUGAAAUUGAAAGAGAUCUGCAUAGAUCAUUACCAGAACAUCCUGCUUUUCAAUCAGAAAUUGGUAUUGAUGCCCUUCGAAGAGUUCUUACUGCUUAUGCUACUAAAAACCCACAAAUUGGGUAUUGUCAAGCUAUGAAUAUUGUGGCAUCAGUUUUACUGAUAUACUGUUCUGAAGAAGAGGCUUUUUGGCAAUUAGCAUGUAUUUGUGAAAAUAUGUUACCUGACUAUUAUAAUAAUAAAGUAGUUGGAGCAUUAGUUGAUCAAGGAGUUAUGGACAAUUUAAUAGCAAAACAUUUACCACUGAUACAUGAUAUUUUGUAUAGGCUUGGGUUAAUACAAAUGAUAUCACUGUCCUGGUUUUUGACAAUAUUUCUUAGUGUAAUGCCCUAUCAGAGUGCCAUAUUCAUAGUUGAUUGGUUUUUUUUUGAUGGAGCCAAAGUUAUAUUUCAGGUAGCUUUAUCCAUUUUAGAAAUGAACCAAAGUCGUUUAGCUUGUUGUCGUGAUGAUGGUGAAGCUAUGCAAACACUCUGUAAUUACUUAACAGGCAUUUUUAACGAAGAGUUAGAGAAUAGCAAUAUUUAUAAGGAUGGAGAAAAAAUUGAUAGGAGUGUUUCAGUUCAAGAGUUGAUUCAGAAUGGCCAUAAAAAGUUUGGUUCUGUCACUAGCUCUACCAUUGAGAAUCUUCGAGUUUUACAUAGGCUUAAAGUAGUUCAAUCCUUAGAAGAUGGAAAUGAAAAGAAUGUAGUCAGAUCUUUGAAUUCAGAUGGUUAUUUUUCAUCUAAUGAAUUAAUGGAUUUACUGAAAUUCGUAAGAGAAGAAGUUUUUAAUGUAAGAAAGAGGACUCAUUUUCAACCUCCUAAAGCUGAAACCCCUAUGGAACCUUAUGAAGCUUAUAAAAUAGACUUUCAUUUGUUUGAAUCUUUAUUUAUGGCUAUAUCACCAUUUUCUAGACAUAAUUGUGCAGAUAGACUGAGUGUUCCAUUAUUUAAGUUGAUGGAUAUGAACGAUGAUGGCUUUUUGAACUUCAGGGAAUUAACAAUGGCUUUAGGUUUAACGUCUACAGCUGAUGUUUCAAUUCGAUUUAAAAUAUUGUAUUUACUUCACUUGCCACCUCUAUGUGUUAAAGAAAAAUCUACCUUAACUGAUCAAAAUGAUUCAGAAAUUGGUGCAGAAAUAGCGUCUGAAGCAGCUGAAUACUUUGAUGCAAAUGUUGCUGUUAUUCCAAAUGAUGGUGAUAAUCUUUUAUGUGAUUUAAAAUUAUUAAGAAGUUUUGUUUGUUGGACACCAUCAUCUAAGACUCCUCCAAUUUGUUUACCGCCAAUGUCAGAAGAUUGUUUUGUUGCAUUAUGUCAAACUUUGUACGAUAUUAUUGGAAAGACUUCUAAAGAUCAAGAAAUGCAUAAUAAUAUUUCAAAAAUGGGAUCUAUAAUUCUAGAGUUGGGGGAAUUUAAUAAAGAAGAAAUGAAUAAAACCAAUGAAAUAUCAAAUGCUGAGUGGUUAAUAAAAGCUGAACAAUUUGUUGCUACUGCUUUAACAGUUCAAGGAUUAGUUGAAUUUGUUGGUGCUAAAGUUGAUAUUUCUACUGCUUUAAAAAAACUAAGAGAUAAAUGAAUUACCAUAAAUGUGAUAUUUAAAAUAUUAAAAUAUUUACCUCAAUAAUGUAACAAAUGAUUUUUUAUUUGAUUCACUUAACAGGGUUUUAUGUUAAGUUUUACUGUUAAAAUUAUAAUUAUGUCUAAUUUUGAAUAAUUUUAUUUUCAUCAUGUUAUAUAGAUAUAUUUUUAUAUUAUUGUCAUCCAUUAUUAUUAUAUUUGUAAAAAAAAAUUAUUAUAUAUUGUGUAACCUUAUAUGACAUACAAUUUAGUGUUAUUUAAAACUUUAAAUUAUGUAUUAUUAAUAAUUCAGUUCAUAUUAUGAAAAUGUCAAAUUAUUUAAAUUUCUGAUUUAAUGUUUUUGAAAUGAUUUAAAAUUAUUUUUUUUACUGGAAAGUAUUUAAAAAAAAAAAAAAAAUUAUUUAACUAAACCAUAUGUUGAUUGUUGUUAGGAGCAUCCAAAACAAAAAAGGUCAGUAACACUCUAUAAAUAUAUGCAAAAUGAAUUAAU